AAAAUUAUCGCUGAAAUGCCGGAAGAUGACACGGCUUCCGAGCGUGAGCCGGCAACGAAACCGUGUGCUGAUGGUGGGAAUGCGAGAGCAGCCCUUGCCCAAGCGUGUGCCGUUGGUGUGAAAAAUGUCCUUCUACUCGGCUAUGGUAUGACGUUGGGCUUUCCGACCAUCGUUAUUCCCGCCAUUCAGGGUGGUGAUGGCCGUGAACCGGCCCUCGAAAAAGAUGUCACGCUGAGCCGGGAGCAAAUCUCGUGGCUUAGUUCGAUCAAUCUGAUUUGUGUACCUCUGGGAAGCAUCUUUUCGGGCAUGCUUGCUCAACCGAUUGGCCGAAGGCGCGCGAUGCAGUUGAUCAACAUUCCAAUAUUCAUUGCGUGGAUGCUGUUCCAUUACGCCAGCGAUGUUAAUUUUCUCUACCUUGGUCUCGCGUUGGCCGGACUAAGUGGUGGUCUCGGCGAAGCACCCGUUUUGACGUACGUUGCGGAAAUUACACAACCACGAUACCGUGGCAUGUUAGCCGCCACUGGCUCAACCUGUGUAAUUCUGGGCGUCCUAAUGGAGUUCCUCAUGGGUAGUUUUCUCAAGUGGCGCACAGUGGCUCUGGUGAGCUCGUCGGUUCCGGUACUGGCAGCAUUGUUGCUCUUCCUCAUUCCGGAGAGUCCAGUUUGGCUGGCAAGCAAAGGGCGUCUGGAAGAGUCAAAAUCUGCCCUCGCCUGGUUACGUGGAUGGGUUUCAAAGGAAGACGUAGAUGAGGAGUUUAAAGAACUUGAGCAGCAAAUGACGAAGGCUGCGGAACUACAAAAAGAUUUUACCAUCAUUGAUAAAGCACGACUCUACACGCAGCGCGCUUUUCUGCAGCCGUUCGGAAUCAUUCUGCUGUGCUUUUUUAUCGGUCACUUCUCUGGCAUGACCACCCUGCAAACCUAUGCCGUCCAGAUAUUUCACACUCUUAAAGCCCCCAUCAACAAAUAUUACGCCACCUGUCUCCUCGGGUUAACGGAGCUUAUUGGAACACUGUUCUGCGUGUUUCUUGUACAUCGCACUGGUAAGCGGCCACUGGUGUUCAUCUCGACGAUUGGAUGCGCAAUCUGCUUCUUCGGAGCGGCCAGUUAUGCUUACUUCCUGAACGAUAUUCCUGGCGGUUCGGUGCAAAAUGUGGUUGCCAACGUAUCCUCGAUCAGGGCGGAUAUAGCGGUCAUACCACUGCGUUCCAAGGAAGUGAUUGCUGAGUGGAAAAACAGUUCCGUUAUCGAACUGUUGAAUCUAACGGCAAUAGAACCACCAAAUAACGGGAGCACAAACAUUAUAGAAACACCGCAACAACAACGUCGCAAUGGAUCAUCGGAUGGUAUUUUGUAUGCGGCACAAAGCUUUACCAAUUAUUACCUCAACGAUAGCCUUGAUGAACCGAUCAACAUUACGAUCAGCUACGGUGAGUACGUCCAGUCAGCCAUCCCGAAGGACGUCUUCGUGCCACUGCCGCUCGUCAAUCGGAACAAAUUGGUAUGGGUCCCGCUGACGCUACUGCUUGGCAGCGCCUUCCUGACACACAUUGGUAUCCGCCUAAUACCCUGGAUACUGAUAGGCGAACUGUUUGCCCCCAAUGUGCGCAGCGGUGGCUCCGGUCUCGCCGGUGGAAUCGCCUACAUAUUUGGAUUUAUUGCAAACAAAACAUUCUUAAAGAUGCUCGCGAUCUUUUCAUUACCCGGCACGUUCUGGAUUUACUCCUUGGUCACGGUCGUCGGUGCCAUGAUCCUCUACAAAGUGCUCCCGGAAACGGAAGGAAAAACUUUACAGGAGAUCGAAACGUAUUUUGCCUCUCCCAGGAAGCGAUCGGUACGUUUCGAUCAAGAAGCACCAGCACCCCGACCCGGACCGAAGCUAUCCACUGGCAGUGCGGCCGCUACACAGCCGCCACCACCUCCAAUUCCUCCGAAGCCGUACCCAUUGAAGGAUGAUAUCGACCGUGCACGGAGAAUUUCACUCCUGCCCCGACAAAUGUCACAGUCGUCCCGAAAUACGACGGUGUCCGAUUUCUCUGUUGCUUCGUUCAACUCGCAAGGAACUGCCCAAUUAAGUCGAUCUACGUCCCGUACAUCGUAUACACUGGAGGAUACGCAUGACCAGCCAGAACCGCAAAUAUUUAGAAAAAUCUCAGAAACACUUCCCGAAACCCCUGCUAGACGACAAAGUGAACACAUCCCUGCUUCGCCCAAGCCUCCCGCUAUCGUGCGAAACCAUUCCACUGAUACGUUUUCCAAAAUGGAGUGCCCCUCGCCUCCCGCUACCCGUCGCAGAGGUUCUGCGGUGGGAUCGAACCAUCUUUUCCGAGGCGUCUACGAAAUGCAUCUGAAGAUACCACCACAUAAAAUUCAGCCUAUGACUCGGCCGGUCCGGGCACGUGCUAAACGACCUCCACCGUCCCAUGUGGUGGACUGUAGCACAUGGGAUAGUAAUAGAAAAUUUGAAGAAUUCCUUCACCGUCAUAAGGCAGAAGAAGUUCCACCAGCGGUGCGUCCGAUGCGCAAUGUUACCAGCGCACACGAUUUGAAAACGUUUGAACUAAAGCAUCUUGUGGUGCAAGAUGGAACGCUCAAGGAUAGAAAUUUUUCGUUUAGUGAUACAAAACUGACCCCCACUGACGGUAGAGGACGAGGGGAAACUCAGCUGUCCUACGAGGGAGGCAUGACCAAUGCAGCAUUUCAUUUGAGCUCAAGCGACGAAUCGACGGCCAUGUGA